AUGUAUAAAAAUCCCAACGAUGGAAAUGAUGUUGAUUUAUUAUCAAUAACUGGUGUUAAACAAAAGAUGAAUUUAUAUGUAACAUCAUUAAUUUAUAUUGUUUUUACACGUGUAGAAUUAUUGCAAAUUGAUGCAACGAAAAUUAAAUUUAAUGAUGCACAAAUAAUCUCAUAUAUUGCUUAUCACAUCUCUUUUUUAGAAGCUGUACGAAAUAAAUUUCGAUUAUCAGGUGAUAUUUUUAAAAUUGAAUGGUGUAAUUUAGAUGAAACAUUUUUAAACAAACGUCGGGAUAUUAAAAAAGGUUUAAAAAAACAACGAACUACAGUUCGAACAAAUUCAUCAACACAAACCUAA